AUGGAACUGCGCAAAAUGAGUACGGCCAAGCAGCAGCAGCUUCAGCAGCACCAUCAGCGCGAAGAUCGCCGAUACUCGAUGCCGCACGGAAUGCACGGAACACUUCCGCCCGGUGCCACCGACGAUCUGCACGCCUGGUCCAUCUACCGACAAAAUUUGAACUCCGACUUUGCGGACUCGGCCCUCGGUUCGUCGGACAAGUCACCCAAACCGUACGGCUCACAGUACCACCGGGACACGGCGAUCCACAACCAUCCGCGGUACGGCCCGAAACAGAACCCGAUCAACUCGAACAUGUACACCUACCUCAAGUUUGGGCUACCGCGAGUCUUCCCACCGAACGGAGGCCAACCGAUGUCGAACGGGCGCCCGAACGGACGCAACUCCUCCAAAGCGAACGGACGCGGCCGCGUGAACCGAGGCUACCGGGACAGCACCGGACCGGGGCCCGGCUCUUCCGGCUACGACAGCAGCGAUAACGAAACAAACCGAGGUCGUGUGCCAGCUAAUCUAAGGAAGUACCGCAGUGAGUCAGACUUUCGCGCGAUCGGCGCCACCAACUCACGGCCGAGCUCUCGAGCCCAAGGUAUUCCGCUGGCCGCGCUCAAGCAAGCCAACAGCAGAGCCAGCAUAGCGGGCACGCACGUCUACAACCCGUACGCGACCAACUUGCGACACCACAAUCUUCGCUCGCAGAGCGAAGCGGAUCUGCUGGCGGAAUGGGACUACGACGAUUCGCCGACGUACGGGGAGACGCGCCUCUACCCGGAGGACAUCUACACCACGCAGAGCCGACGCCACUCGCUGGCCGGUCUGGUGUAUCCCAACAUCCAGGUGCACUGCCUCGAUGUCCUUCCCGGAUUGCGUGGGGUUUCGCUGCAAGCGAAAGCCGGUGAUCUGUUUGCGAUCAUGGCUACGUCACAGCGGGAAGGCACGGCACUGGUCGAAGCACUGGCCGGCGUACGGCAGCGGAUGGGAGGCGAGAUCCUGGUCAAUGGACAGCAGGUUAACCGUCGUAUCCUGCGUCAGCUGUGUGGUUACGUGCCUGCCCUCGAUUCGGCUCCGCUCGAUCCCCGGAUGAGCGUCCAGAGCACGCUGUCGUUUGCGGCCGCACUGCGAGGCCCGUACGAUCGCAGUGACCUGAAGGACCGCAUCGACAUCCUGGUGGAGGAUCUCGGCCUAACGGCGGUCCGGUCGGCGAACGUGUCCCGGUUGACGCACUCGGAAAAGCAAAGACUGAACGUGGCCUGCCAGCUGCUGACGCAGGCGUCGAUACUGCUCCUGGACCAGACCACGAUCAACAUGGACAUCUUCGAUACGUUCUUCCUUGUCGAGUACCUGCGCCAGUGGUGCAGUGCCGGGCGGAUCGUCGUCAUGACCCUCCAGCCGCCAACGUUCGAGAUUCUGUCGAUGUGUUCCGGGGUUCUGCUGCUGUCCGGGGGCCGCACCGUCUACUCGGGCAGCCGGGCCGAUCUGCCACGCCAUAUGGGCCAGCUGGGGUAUCCGUGUCCACCGUUUAAAAAUCCCGCCGACUACUACCUGGACCUGGUGACGCUGGACGACCUCUCGGCGGCCGCCCUGCUCGAGUCGUCCGCGCGCAUCGAAUCGCUCGCCAACUCGUGGGACCACGUCAACGCCGAACCACCGCUGGCAGCACCGGUCGCCAACCUACCAGAGCCGACCCGGGCCGCCGGCUUCUUUAGCCAGAUCAAUGCCCUCGCCAAGAGGUACAUGUCCUACAAGCAGCCCGGAUCACUGCUCACGUGGAUCAGUAGGCUGAUUCUUGCCGCAAUCCUGUCGCUGUUCAUCGGAUGCAUCUUCUGGGACGUACCGGCUACGGAUCCUCAGCUCAAUCUUAACGAUCGUCUUGGCUAUCACCAUUGCAUGAUGAUGGUGGCGUUGUGGCCUCUACUGCUGCUGCAGAUACGCGACGUACAGGAGGAUCGCCGACACGCGGAGAAAGACCUGAAGUUGGGCCUCUACGGUCGCUUUCUGUACAUCGUCAUCCAGGGCACGCUGAGCGUGAUGCCGAGUUUGUGCAUAUGGUUGGCGUACCUGUUGCCCGCCCACAGCAUGGCCGGACUGUACUCCUACACGACCAACAACGACACCGGGAUCUAUUUGUACAUGGGUUACAUGCUGCUCUACCUGAUGGCCAUACAGACGAUAGUGCUGUUCAUUGCACAUCUUGUGCCCUGCGGAAUCACGGCCACGAUAGCCACUACGCUCGUGCAGCUGCUCAUGGCGUCCGCCGGCGGAUAUGCCGUCCACGUGGCCAACACUCCCGAGUACCUGCGAUGGGUGGAGCUGCUCACCCCACAGAAAUGGCUCACCCCGCUGCUGACCGAGAACGAGUACAGUGCGGAAACGCUGGUCAGCAUCACCAGCCAGCAACAGUGUCGAAAUAAACAGGUUCAGUACACGGAGAUCAUCGUGCAGCAGCCGUGUCCACCACCGAACGGCACCUUCGUCCUUGCCGACCACCAGCUACUACCGCGCGAUCACAUCCUGGACCCGGGCGACAUGUACACUUCCACCGUGCUCGGGCUCCUGAUGACCUGCAUCGUGUUCUUCGCCCUCACCAUGUUCGUCUUCCUGGUCAACUGCCAGUCGCUGCUGCGGAAGAAGGACCCCCGAAACGGGAAGCGCGUGUAAGCGUCUGUCAGGAUGAGUGAUGACUUUUAAAAAUUAAUUUCAAACCCGGGACGCGAAGCACCGAAGGAACUAAGUAUCGUGUAGAUCGUGCAGUCAUCUCGACCGUAGCGCGCAUGUAAAAGAGUUAGCUAGUUAAUUUUGUUUUACCGAAUCGAUGCCGCGCCAACCGUUAGCUGGUGGGGUCGAAAUUUCAACAGCCCCGCUCCCCCGUAGGUUACGUUUCGUGUAUCCCUUUGGACAUUGACAUUAUCCGUAUUUUGCGUACACAGCCAAGUAGCGAACAAGUAGUAGUUUUGUUUUAUUCGAUAGUCUACGGCAUUAGGGUGAGAGUAGGGAACUUGUGUAGUGUAGUGUGUGAAGUUUCGUAAGUUUUUAAACUUUAACAGAGAUCGUACGAGAAGCCCGGAUACAGACGCCGGGCAGGCGUCGGGGAUCAAGAUCAAGCGCACUAGGAACAACAGGCAUUUAACGGACGUUCAGCGUUACAGCGACGGAUAUCGACUCAAACGCGCAAGAAAUGCAAG